CGUCUCUCUUUUUCUGUAUGACUGUAUAUCUAAUAUUGGUUGACUCUUUCCUCGUACACUCCUCCCCUAAUCCUUGUCAAUAUCCCUAAUCUAUUCUUUCAUUAUCAAUUACCAUUUUUGGACCCAAUCAAUCAAAUCCUCCACAUUAUAAACCCUAUGAUCAUUCCCAUUUUCAUCUCAUUCAUCCUUACACUAUCUUCCUCUUCUUCUUAUCAUUUUAUAACAUCAAAAUGAGUUCCGAGGUAGAACAACACAUUGGUAACACACCAAAAACACUUGAGACAAUUCAAAACAUAAUUUCCACUGAAAAUAACACCAACGGUAACAUAACCGUUACGAAAACACUCUCAAUACUUCAACCUCAUUCACUUCUCCCUAAACCAACACCCCCCGCUACUUCAUAUUCAAACCCCCCAAACGACGUCGUUCAAUCAAAACUCAAAACUUUUCUUCGUCAUCGCAGUAACGACUUCUCGUCAGCAAUCUCGCGAACAAUUACAUCUUUAAAACACUCAAUCGAAGACCUAAACGACGAGUCGUUUAAAUAUGAAAAAAACAAAAACGACGUGACGGAGUUUAAACUCUCCGGUUUAAAAGUCACUGUGAAGGUGAAAAACGACGCGUCGUUUGGGAAAGUGAGAAUCACGUUAUUUUCUAGGUCGAAUUGCAGAGACUGUUCUGCGAUUCGGAGAUUCUUCAGAGAGAGAAGAUUAAAAUUCGUUGAAAUCAACAUCGAUGUGUACACAGAGAGAGAAAAGGAGCUUAGGGGUAGAACGGGAAAUUCAACUGUACCGGUGAUUUUCUUCAACGAGAAGCUAAUCGGAGGAUUGGUGGAGUUGAACGCGAUGAGGAAGAAUGACGGUGGUGAAUUGGAGAAGAGGUUGAUCGAGAUUGCGAACGGGAAGUUUUCCGGCGAUGUUCCGGUGGCCCCGGCGUAUGGAUUUGAUGAGAUGGUGGUGGAGAAAGAGGAAGAGGAGAUUGUGAAGGUUGUGAGAGUGUUGAGACAGAGGUUACCGAUUCAAGAUCGGUUGAUGAAGAUGAAGAUUGUGAGAAACUGUUUUGGUGGGAGUGAGUUGGUUGAGCUUCUUGUUCGUCACCAUGGAUAUGCUCAUCACAAGGCUGUUGAGGUCGGGAAACAGUUAUGCAAGAAGCACUUCAUCCAUCCUGUUAUUGGGGAUAAUGAUUUUGAGGAGGGAAAUCACUUCUAUAGAUUUCUUGAGCACGAACCCUUUAUCUCAAAGUGUUACAAUUUCCGGAGUGCCACAAAUGAUAGAGAACCGAAAAGUGCAGCUGCAGUUUGUGAUAGGCUUACCAAGAUUAUGUAUGCCAUUCUUGAGUCUUAUGCUUCUGAUGACAGGCAACAUGUUGAUUAUGUUGCCAUCAGCAAAAGUGAAGAAUUUCGGAGGUAUGUAAACAUGACUCCGGAUCUGCAGCGUGUGGAUCUCUUAGAACUAUCAGAAAAUGAGAAACUUGCUUUCUUCUUAAACUUGUACAAUGCUAUGGUCAUUCAUGCUAUGAUAAGAGUAGGGUGUCAAGAAGGUGUAAUUAAUAGGAGAUCCUUCUCUGAUUUCCAUUAUUUGAUUGGAGGACAUCCUUAUUCUCUUGCCACUAUUACAAAUGGUAUCCUUAGAAGCAAUAGGAGGUCACCUUAUUCCUUAGUCAAGCCCUUUGGCACAAAAGACAGACGGUUAGAGUUUGCAGUUGUCAAAAUGAAUCCUUUAAUUCACUUUGGACUUUGUAAUGGCACUAAGUCAAGCCCAAAGGUGAGGUUUUUUUCACCUUGUAGAGUUGCGGAAGAACUGAGAUGUGCAGCUAGAGAGUUCUUUGAGAGUGAUGGAAUUGAAGUUGAUCUAGAGAAGAGGACCCUUCAUCUCACUCCAAUUUUUAAGUGGUACAGUGCAGAUUUUGGACAUGAGAGAAAUAUUGUAAAAUGGAUGAUGAAUUACUUGGAUGCAAAUAAAGCAGGUCUUUUGACACAUCUCUUAGCUGAUGGUGGUCCUGUUAAUAUAUCAUACAAGAAUUAUGAUUGGUCAAUAAAUUCUUGAAUAGUAGGACUAAGAAAACAUAUUACACUGAACUUACAUGAUUUGUCUAUUGUAUAUAUAUCUCAGGUUUUGAUUUCUUAAUGUGCUGAAACAGUGGAGAUUAUAGAUAUGAUGUGAUGUUAUCUCAAAACAGGGAAUAUAAAUAUUCUAUUUUCACUGCACAGUUUGUGUACUUAAUUCUAUUUUCACUGCACAGUUUUUAUUCUUA